CUCCGGGAGGCGUGAUACAAGCGGCGCUGCCCGAGCCGGUGUUGUAGGCGGCGCCGCUGCUCUUGAACGUCAGUGAGGCGCCUCUUGAAGCUUCUCCUCAGGCGGUGGAAGCGCUUGGCCCUGCAUAACUGCAAGGGUGUCUUCUUCAUACGAAAGACUCUCGUGAGGGAAGUGAAGACUUGACUACAUUGCAGAACGAGAAAGAUGAUGUUUGCAGCUUUUAAAUAUUGUGCAGUAGACUAUUUAUAUGAGAAUAUGGCAAGGCAGACAUUUUUCAUUGACCGAUUAUCACUUUACAUUCCUCCCUGUUUACAUCAUGAGGAGAAUUAUUACCAUAGUGGAGUCUUUGCUGAUGACAAGUAUAGGAGGCCUUGGACUAGAAUUUCAGUUGCUUUGAUGCAAGAAAUGAUGGAUAUUUCAGUGCUGGAUCAAUGGAAGAAAAGUUUAUAUGUGGAGGAUUUCCUGGAAAAGAAACCAGUUUAUGACACCAAGCCCUAUAUUAAUAAUGAACUUCUACAAGUUGUUCCAAGUUCAAAUCCCUAUUCACAGACUGACAUAGAAGAAGCCUAUUUGCUUAUGAAAAAUGACUGGAAAGAAGAUUCCACUCAAAUCAAUUUUUUACCGCUUGACCGUUUCCUAGCACUUAAACUACAAGCUGAAGAUUUAUAUGUUGCUGAUGAACUUGUUUUCGUUGAUAAUUUGGAAAAGUAUUGUAAACAACUUCCGGCUCUACAUGUACUUUUGAGCAGACUAAAAAUUUUCUUAGUCAAGGAUCCUCUUUUAAAUCCUAAAGAAGAGAAUUUCACAGAAGAGGACAUUUUCAAGGAAAGUUUUAUGUUUCAAAGUGACAUGGAAACUCAUGAGAUUGAAAAGGAACUGCACACAGUUAAAGAGCAUUUUUGUCAAAUAUCUUUAAAGGAUGCAGAGUCACUAAUGCUACCUGUUAUGUUAGAAUCCAACAAAUCAAACAACUUUAGAGAGAAAGCUGAGAUUCCACCAUACUUAGAACUGAAAAAUUUAUUAAACUUAACUCCAGAAGAUAUAGUGAAUGAGAGCACUGGAAAAGGAUGGCUUGAAGAAAAAAAUUCCAUUAGUAACCAAGGAUUGCUUUCUGCUGGUGCACAUCACAAGGACAAAACAACAAAUUUACAUUUCAGUCCUCAAAAGAAAAACCAGUGCUCUCCAUUACAUAUGAAGGCAGCACAAUGUGGUGUCAUACAUGAUGCAAGUACACCUGCUGAAAAGCUAACAAGAGAAGAGAUAGAACAAAAUAAGAUAGAAAUACCAACACAUUUCCUAAACCAAGAGAAAGAAGACAAGAAUAACCUUGAAUCCCUCAGCUGUCAGGAAGUAUUUUUUGAACCAAACAGCUCUUCAAGAAAUGAAAGGAAUACACCAGCUGAACUGACCAGAAAAUGUGAUGAUGGUUCUGACCUUUUGAGCAACUUCAUUAUGCUGAGAUCUAAACAUGUACUUAUCCCAAAUGAAGAAAAGAAUAAUGUGGCUGGUCAAAAAGAGGUUCUCGAAAAUGAAGAAGAGCGUUCACAAAUUCUUAAACAAGACAUUCCGGCUGCUUACAAGGCUGUGCUGAAAAAGAAACCAGAACAGGAGACUCAAGACAGAGUUUCAAUCCAAGUUCAAGCCUCAGAGGGCCAGUGCCAGGCAUACCACGUCUUAGCAGCCGCCGCCACUCCUGUUUUAAAAGAGAUGAUGGAUCUUGGCAUGCUUGCCUCAAAGAGUUGGAGGUUUGCUGCCGUUAAAUUUGACCACACUAGAUUCUUCUUAAGACAGCAGGAGAAAGUGAUCUGUGAUGAUUUUAAACAAGGAAAAACAAGUGAGAAGGAACUAAAGCUGUUCAAACAUGCUGCCCAAGUACACCUACUGGUAACAGUUAGAGAUCUCCUGUUAAUGUGUGAAUUAGACAGAGCAUUAGGGUAUUUGUCCAAGGCAAAGGAUAUCUAUAAAAGCAUCUUUGGUUCUUGUUUGGAUAAUAUUUGGAGACAGCUGGAGAUCAUACAGUUUAGCAGGCAGAAAAAGCAUGAAACCAACCCCAAAUUAAUAGCACUUCACCAUCAUAUGUUAAACUGGAUGCAGAGUAAUACAGAGGAACAUAAGGUUUUAAUAAUAACAAGAGUGGACUCAGAUAGUGAAAAGACUGCCCUCAUUGACAUACUUACUUCAAUAGAAGGUUUAAAAACCAUGGAUUUGAAUCCUGAGAAGAGAGGAGCUUUGUUAGAAUGCAAAAGUGUCAUUAACAGUUUAAAUAAAUGCUCCUGUGCUAUUGUAAAUUAUCAGCAUAUCGGAGCUGACUUCCCUUGGACUCAUUUCUCUCUAGUGGUGGAGUUUGAUUAUACAGAGAACUCUUGCUGGAAUAAGCUCUGCAAAAAUCUGAACAUUCCUUAUAUAACUUUUAAAACUACUCUCCCAGAAACUGUUGUAAUGAAAAAUGUUUCAGGUAAUCACUUUGGCUCCUUCCUUCUGGAGACUCAGAUUCCCUAUGUAUUUUUUACAUCUGAGGGACUUCUUAACUCACCAGAAAUCCUUCAGCUUCUGGAAUCCAAGUAUAACAUCACUUUUGUUGAAAGAUGUUGCAGUGAGUCAUUACAGCUCUUUGGAGACACAGAUCGAUAUGUUGUGUUGACAAUAGAUGAACACACUGCUAUAGUUUUGCAGAAUGUGGAAGAACUAAGCUGUGAGAAAUCUGCUGACAAUAUCAUACUGAGACUGAUAGCAUUGUCUCUCCAGUACAGCUGCUGCUGGAUCAUUUUAUACUCCAGAGAAAGACUGAGUUCAGAGUACAGUCUAACAGGAAAGACUCUGCAUCAUCUAGCCUUAAUAUAUGCAGGUUUGAUUUCAUUUGCACAGAAAUCUGAAGACUUUGAAGUGAAGUUGGCUCUUGCACCAGGGAUUGAAGAGACAGCAUUGUUAAUUCGUCAGAUUGCUGACAACAUUCUGGUAUCUUCCCAGACAAAUCCCCACGAGUGGCUGGACAAAUCAUGGCUUUCUGUCUUGCCAACUGAGGCAGAGAAGCACUUACUUGCUUUUCCAUGCCUGAACCCUCUAGUAUCUCAGCUCAUGUUGAAAAGAGGGUCUUCAUUGAACAGGCUUUUGUCAGCGACUUUUGACCAACUUCAGGAACUCCUGCCUGAGGUUCCAGAAAAGGUGUUAAAGCUUUUUAGUGAUAUCACUUCUCUAUACAACCUAAAUGUUUCCACUUCCACCAAAACACUAGUGAGGAUUGUAUCACCCCAAGAAAACUGGAACUCAUCUAACACCUUUUCUCCGGCUUCAUUUCCCAAGUCUUUGAUCUCCAGCAUUCAAGGAGACCAGAAGGAUCAGUGUUCAGAAUUGCCUGAUAAUGUACAGAACACCAUAAAUCAGUACAAAAAUGGAUCUGGUUCUCCACUGAAAUCAAGUGAAAGCCAAAGAAUUUUAGCAUCUUCACUACCUUAUUAUGGAUGGGUCAGUUGUCCUGAAGAAACAGAUGGUAGUGAAAAUAGUCAACAUUAUCUUCCUUCUCUGAGAAAUGUAGCAACAGAGAGAGCAGUUAGUCCCUCAUUUUUAAAACAGAACAAUUCAAAUAUAUUCACUUCUUCAGUUCAUAUGAAUCAUGAAGCCAGAAUCCCACCACUGAGUCACAGCCAAGAUGUCACUGACUCCAACCUUUCAAGUUACUUGCAAAAAGAGUUUCAUGCUUCAAAUGCAGCAGUAGGCAGCAAGCUGGAUACCUCUGAUUCCUCAGUCCUUCCAAAGAACUCUGAGGCCUUUGCUCAUCAGGAUAUUAACAAUCAUUUCUUUCAUGUACAGACACAACCACUGAUAAUAGAAGUUCUAAGAAUUUUCUAG